AUGGCUUUCAUGGAGACUUUGUUAUCUCUAAUCUUUCUCCUCUUAAGUUCAUUACUGCUACAUUCUGUUGCUGUUCAUGAAAGUCCUGAGUCCAUCACUCUAAGCCUCAUUCACCCAUUUUCUGUCCACUCACCAUUCUAUCCAGGGAAGAACGUAACAGAUGUGGAGAAGAUUAAUCUACUUAUUCAAGCCACAGAAGCUCGUAUGCAUCAUCUAUUCCCAACCACAACAAAGAGGCAAGGAAAGUACUGGAAUGGUAGCAGCGAGGUUGAUGACAUAGGGGCACUAGUGCAAUAUAUUAAUGCCUACUAUGUAGCCAAGGUGGGUAUCGGUUCAUUUCAACCUGCCCUAAAGUGGCUUGCUUAUUACUUGAUCAUGGACACUGGAAGUCAAAUUACUUGGGUACAAUGUGAAGGUUGCAAUCCUUGCUUUCCCCUUAUACAAACACCCAAUUUCCCAUUCUCAAGAUCCCAGAGUUACAGGUCCAUUCCUUGUGGUCACAAAGACUGUCCAACUCAAAGACAGGAUUGCUAUGGAUCAUCCUGUGGAUUCAGCAUACUCUACGGUGGUAACCAUGGGCCCAUAACGAGAGGAACCAUUGCAAGAGAGACAUUAACCUUUACUUCUGAUAUUCCUGGAGUUACGGAAUCUCGUAACAAUUUAUUCUUGUCUUGUGCCUUACAAAAUCACAACUAUGGCUAUUCACAACAGAAUAAAGUUGCUGGGGUUUUGGGCUUAGGGGCUGGAGGCCAUGGAACUCCUCCCUUAUGGAGUCAAGUAUCAAAAAAACGCUUCUCUUAUUGCUUAUUUACCUUUGAACACACUAGUUCUCAGUUACAUAUCGGAGAAGGUGCACGGAUGGUAGGACCACAAGUUGUGUCUACACCAUUGUUGAAGGGAUCUAACCCAUCACUCUACUACUUAGAAUUGCAAGAUAUCAGCGUUGCAGGCAUUCGACUUAGACUACGAGGGUUUUUCCGCUUUGGUGGUUGCGUUAUCGAUUCAGGAGCUCCAAUGACUUCACUAGUUCCUAAUGCUUAUGCCAUUGUGAGAAAUGCUCUUAUUCGGUACUUCGCACAGUUUGGUAUUCAACCAUACAAUAGUGGAAAUAGACCAAGUGGUGUGCCUGAGUUUGAUCUCUGUUUUCAUAAGGUCCCACCUGGGUUUAGGUUUCCAACUAUGACAUUCCAUUUCAAAGGAGCUGACCUUAUUGUGCAGCCCACUGGUGUAUUUGUAGUGGGGGCAAAUUAUAUUUGUGUCGCACUAAGAUCAGACGACAUUACAAUGCUUGGAGCUUAUCAGCAAACCCAACACAAGUUCUCCUAUGAUUUGGAGUUGGGAGCUCUCUUCUUUGCUCCAGAGAAUUGUGGAGCCCGUGCUUAA